GUUCGAUCUUGCCUUGAUCGCAGGAGUUUCUGUUGGGCGCGAUGGCCGCACGUGCGGCGCUUCGUUCUGUGCCAGGUUCGACCAACCUUCAUCCCACUGCCGCCCCCAAGCCUUUUUCCCAAUUCCCCGCUAUCUUCCGCAUCUCCCGAGCCGACAAGUUCGGCAGCCACCGGAGGCGCUCGUCCGCCCGCGCUAUGGGCUCCUCCUCCUCCUCCCAGAGACCGGACCAAGUCCAAGAGCCAGCUAAUGUCAAUCCUGCCUCAUUGAGUGAUGAGGAGUGGAAAAAGCAACUCACCAAUGAACAAUAUUACAUAACUCGUCAAAAGGGUACCGAGAGGGCCUUCACUGGGGAAUACUGGAACACCAAAACCCCUGGAACCUACCACUGUAUAUGUUGUGAUACACCUUUGUUUGAAUCAAACACCAAAUUUGACAGUGGCACAGGUUGGCCAUCCUACUAUGAACCAAUUGGCAACAACGUGAAAUCCAAGCUGGACAUGUCAAUCAUCUUCAUGCCUAGGACUGAGGUUCUUUGUGCUGCCUGCGAUGCCCAUCUUGGUCAUGUUUUUGAUGAUGGGCCACCACCAACAGGAAAACGAUACUGUAUCAACAGCGCAUCCCUAAAGCUGAAGCCGAAGUAGCAAACUCUGGUCUGCGCAUGCAUGUGUACUGUGAAAUAUGUAGACCUUCUCCAGAGUCUAUGACAAAAUCUAUCGGACAUCUGUAAUUUUACUGCUAUAAUUAAAUAAUUGGAAACACUCCAUUGAUGCCGAA